AUGCCCCCACCAUCCCUUUUCGCUGCGCGGGAUGACAGAAACACCGGAGCUGCGUACGAGUACGAUAUCCAGGCCACUGAAGAUCGGCAUGAGGACGAUGAGCCGACAAACAGCUCGGAGGAGCCCAGACAUGCCAAAGAUACCCCUGUCUGGCAGUCCAUCAACAAGCCCAACUACAAGCCGACGGCGUUGAGAUGGCCCUUCAUCGGCUGUAUCAUCGUGCUGCUGCUGGUUGCCAUGACGCUGGUCAUUGUAGCCGACAAAAAGAUGCCAGACUCGGACGCAGAUGCUGUUAUUCUUGGUCUCAAUCCAAACAGAACUCAACUUGCUCGACUGCGUAUCCGCGAUGACGAGCCGACAAUCACCAUCUCAGAGACGUCAGGAGCAGCCGGGCCACAGACAUUCACCAUCGGCGCAGUGCCGGAAAGGGCUACGGAUGCCCUUGACCAGAAUAGCAUCUCAACAGACACGCCCCUCGACGAAGACUACGAGCUAAUCCCGAUUUCUACUUUUGUGUCAACGUUUACAACUUGGCUUUCCUUAGAGCCAUCGUCGCUACCAACUCUCGAGGAGGUGGUUACGGAAUGGCAGACCCUUCCUGUUGCCACUUACGAGACCACCGUGACAACUUUAAUCACUAGCAGUGGUACCCGAACUGAUUUAGACGGUCCCGUCGUAACAACCAUCUAUUCGCCUAUCACCAACGGUACUAUCGUCUCAAGCAUCCCUGUCUCGACAAGAACCACAACAAUACCACCUCCCGCGCCAACCGUGAUCGAAACAACUGUCAUAACCACGAUAAUUAGUUCUUCAGAGGUUGCUGUGACAAAGACGAUAAUAGUGACACUCGAUCCAGAGGUUGUUCUCAAGCCUUCAGUUGGCUCCAUCACAAUCACAUAUUAUAGUAGCGUGCCUCGCCGGAAUAAUGGCGCCGCCGGCGCUGUUGAGCACCAGAUUACGGAGGGGCCAGAGCAAGUGCCACAGCCUCCAGUAAUUACUGGCGUUGAGGAAGUUGGCGGUAAUGUUGUCACGAUAGUCAAGAGCCAGGAAGUCUCGGUCUUCGUUGUGCCGGAAGAGGACGAGGUGAGGACCGAGACUGUGGACGCUCAAGUUCGGAUAGGGGUGACAAAGGAAGACGAUUCUACCAUUGCAAAUGUGGUCGUCGUAACACCAUCUCCGGUACAAAUAGUCCCUGCGGUUGUCACCAACAAUGGGGUUGUUCUCACAGUGAAUCCUGGAGGGUCCUUCACUCGGACAGUCGUCAACAAUGUGGGCGGUACUGCAACCAGCCAGGUCAUCGUUACUACUCCUGCUGGUACAAACCCAAUCACAUACACAGUUGUCAGGGACCAAGGAGGGACACUGGUCGCGGAAGCUGUCGUCAUCACGCCAACCGCUGCUGAUCAGCCGAUCACUUAUACGGCUUAUUCUGUCAAUGGAGGGACGCCCGUUACUCAGUUCCUCGUUGAGACCCCUCCUCCUGCCUUCCAACCGGUGACCUUGACCAUCUCUACCAUCAUUGGCGGAACUCCAGUAGUUACCACGACUCAACAGCUACCAGUUACGAUCAUCGAGAUUAUCAACGGCACGCCUGUAACUCGUGUCUCUACUCUCCCUGUUACAAGCUACACAACCACGAUCGGCGGCACACCCACAAUAACUACAAUCGUCACAACGCCCACCGACACAUCCCCAAUCACCAUGACUCUCACCUCGAUCUCAGAAGGUACUUUCCGUACCUACACAACCACCAUCUCAGCCACAACCUACCUCACAACGAUCUCGGGCACCCUCCGAACCGUCACCUCAACUCUGCCCCCUAUCACAAGCUUCACAACCCUCCCCAAAUCCCUCUACACCUUCACCUCGACCCUCUCGGUAUCCUCCACACCGCCCACCUCAACUCCUUCCUCCAUUCCUUCCCGCGUCCGCGUCUACAGCUGGACCGAAUCCGACAUCUUCAUCGGGACCUUCCUCCCCGCCCUUCUCGGCGUCGGUCUGGUCAUCCCGCUCCGCAUUCUCGACCUCAACGCAAAACUUUAUCAGCCCUGGCAAGCCCUCGCUAAGCAUGGCGGCGGGCCUGGCUCGCAGACCCUUCUUUUGCAGUACUCGGGCGUGUUGGGCGUCGUGUGGACGCCGAUCGUAGGGCUGUUUUCGGGCAAGGCGGUUGUACCGUUCUUGACGACGCUGAUGGUCGCGUGUGCGAGUUUUUUUGUACCGUUGGCGACCGAGGCGGUCGGGUUGAAGUUGCAUGGCGAAUGUUAUCUGAAUACGGCGAGCAGUAGGUGUGGGCCGGCGUUGGGGGUUAGUAGGGGCCCGGCGUACGCGUUGGUUGGAUUGCUGGCCGCGGUGGUUGUAUUGGUGGGGGUUGUGGGUUGGUUGGUAAGCCGAUGGGUGACGGGUGUGGCGGCGAAUCCGUGGAAUGUUGCUGGUGUGGCGUCGUUGGCUGGGAGUAGGCUGGUCAGGGUGAGGGAGAAUGGGGAGCAUGACAUGAGAAGAGCUAUGGCUGAGAAGAUUUAUGGGUUGGCUUCAUUCAGGGGAGAACAUGGAAAGGAAGAGUAUGGGAUUGUGUUGUUGGAUGAAGCGGGUAGGAGGUUGAACGAUGAUAGGGAGGGAGAGACUUUAGUUGAUGAUCGAGAUGGAGAUGAUCCAGGGGCCGCUAUGCACAAAGAGAAAGGGGGAGAAGGAAUUGCCGGCCUGACGAGCAAGCAACUCCCGUUCAUGACGCUACGAUAUCCCUGGAGAAUCGUGUUCGUCCUCUUCCAAUUGGCGGUUCUUAUCUUCAUCAUCUACUACCACGCCUACUACCGUGGCGGCAUCCGAGAUGGCGGUCGGUUAUGGCUCUUCCUCAAUGCCAAUCGGUUCGGUGUACGGUUUGUGUCGGCCAUUAUCGGUGUUAUCAUCGCCUUCUGCUGGCAGUCUUUCUUCCUGAGCGUCAGCAUCAUGGCUCCCUACCAGUUGAUGGCGACCAAGACACAGCCUGCGAUUCAUUCGAUCCUUUUCUCCCCUAACACGAACCCUUUUUCCGGCAUUUGGUCUGCUAUCAAGCACCGACACGCAUUUUUGGGUGCCGUCUCAGGAGCAGCCAUCCUGUCCGAGUUCCUUCCCGUCAUCCUCUCCAACGUGCCUUUCAACCUCGCACAAACUCAAACAGCAGCCACUGUCUGCGCAGUACUUAGCUGUGUCUUCCUCAUUUUGAUGAUCUCAACACUCGUCUGGUCUUUCUUUAUCAGGUACCCGCCAAUGCCAGUCGACCCGCGGUGCAUCGCAGGGUUGUUGUACUACGUCUCCCGGAGCCGAAUGGUUGUGGAGGAACGAGACUUUCAGGGUCUGUCAAGGUUGGACAGACAGGAAAGGGAGCUACGCAUCCGCGAACUCGGGAGACGGUAUUUCUAUGGAGUCCUUGCCGGUAGCUCUGAGAGGCGACUCGGUGUGGACUGCGAUGCUGGCACCCUUGGUGAAGGCAUGCAUGUCUCGACGGAGUACAAGGGUGCUGGGGCGCUGUCUAGGGCUGUUUAA